CAUUUCAAGACACAUGUCUGGGGGUGGUGCUUUGCUGCGUACUUGUUCGUUUACUAAAGUUAUUAUUUUUGUGGAUAUCGGGAGAUGAAAGUGAAGGUGAUAAGCCGUAAUCCCGAUGAGUACAUGCGGGAGACUAAACGGGAUUUACAUAAGGUCCCCCGAAAUUAUGAUCCCACAUUGCAUCCAUUCGAAGCAGCUCGGGAGUACGUGCGUGCCCUCAAUGCAACAAAGCUAGAUCGAGUCUUCGCCAAACCUUUCCUUGCUAGUCUCGAUGGGCACCGGGACGGGGUCUCUUGCUUUGGAAAGCAUCCCGAAAGGUUAUCAACGCUGUGCAGCGGCGCCUACGAUGGCGAAAUUCGAGUGUGGGAUUUGCCGAUGCGAUCGUGCGUUCGGAAUUUUGUAGCUCAUGAAGGUUUCGUUCGUGGGAUUACAUACACACCCUGCGGGGAACGAUUCAUUACAGUAGGUGACGACAAAACAGUGAAAAUAUGGAAAGCAGAAACACCUGAAGUAGGAGAUGAAGAGGAGCCAGUGAACACAUUGUUAAGCAGGACCGUCUUACUGGGAGUGUCGCAUCACAGGACCGAGCCGAUUUUCGCAACUUGCGGCGAAGUCUGCAAUAUUUGGGAUGAAACUCGGAAUGAGCCUUUGAACGUGUUAAAGUGGGGAGUGGACAGUUUACAUGCAAUAGCCUUCAAUAUGGUCGAAACAUCAAUACUUGCCGCUUGUGCCAGCGAUAGGAGCGUCAUAUUCUAUGAUAAACGGGAAACGAAACCUUUGAGGAAGAUGGUUUUGACCAUGAAAUCAAACAAACUUGCGUGGAAUCCGAUGGAAGCAUUCAAUUUCACAGUCGCCAAUGAGGAUUUCAAUUUAUACACAUUCGACACCCGACAGCUCAAAAACCCAGUGAAAAUCCACUAUGACCACGUAUCCGCUGUAACGGACGUCGACUACUCGCCAACUGGAAAAGAAUUCGUAUCUGCCUCCUACGACAAAACGAUUCGAAUCUACGAAAUCCACAAAAGUCACUCACGUGAUAUUUAUCACACUAAGCGGAUGCAACACGUUGUCUGUGUCGGUUGGAGCUACGACAAUAAAUACAUUUAUUCUGGUUCGGACGAAAUGAAUAUCCGUUUGUGGAAAGCACGGGCGUCGGAAAAACUUGGCGCCACUCGACCAAGAGAGCGUGCCAACUUCAACUAUCAAGAAGCGCUUAAGGAGAAAUAUGCCGCGCAUCCAGAAAUUAAACGAAUCGCUAGACAUCGCCAAGUGCCGAAGAAAAUCUACAAUACGCAUAAGAAAAUGCGGGCAAUCAAGGACAAGGAGAAGAAGAAGGAAGCGAAUGUCAGGAAACAUUCAAAGAAGGGAAAAUUCAAGUUUGUGGCAGAGAAGAAAAAAGUUGUGCUCAAGGAAGACGUGUAGGUGGUUCGGUUUGGUAUUUUACGUUUGUGAAUUUUAUUUUUUGAUAUUUCAAAUAUAUUUAAGUUGGAAGACCUGAACUUUA